GAUCGUUGCCGGAAAUCCUCUUGCUGGCCUCGGACCACUGCAACGAUUGAUCACCGACACCUAGGCAAACACCUGGCGGUUCGCACGACGAUUUCCGCCGGAGAUGUUGUCCGCAACAAGGCGAGAUAAGACGCCCAGGCUGAUUAGCGGUAACCAGUUAGCCGGAUACCUUCCCCACGAAGGUAUCACGGCUCGAGCCUCUGAAGGGGGCCUCUGAAGGACUAGCGCACGAGGUCUGGGUAAUCUUAUUAGAACUAGAAUGGACUUCGACACGCGCACACCACUGCGGAAUCACGCCCCACCUCCUCUCUCUCCCUUGGUCGGUUGUGGGGUAACGAGGAAAACUGAGUCUCUCGAUCCCCGGCGUAUUACUUGGUGUGUGUUAAUAUAAUCGGGAGAAAAUAGGUUCGCGAUGAACGGAGAAAAAAAUAAAAAUAAAAAUAGGAAAAAUAUAAAAAAAUGAAGAGACAAUGGCUCCCUUCCCAACGUACUUCAAGCAUUUUGCGAUUCGAGAUGCUUUCUUUUUCACUCCUUUCCAACAAUUUUCUCGAACGUACAAACUUUAUGGGCUUGUCGGGGGAGAGAGGUUUAAUUCGCUCAUUCUCUUUACACCCCCGCUGGAGUGACUGCUAGGCGACGGCAUGCGCGGCGCGAGUUUCUGAUCGGGAGCCGUCAGUUUUCUCCUCUCUCUCUCUCUUUCUCUCUCUCCCCACGCAUUCCCAGUCGGCGAGCCAAUUGUGAAAAAAGCGGAGAACGACUUACAGUCAUACAAAAAUUAUCUUCCGGUGAGCUUCCCUCCUCUUCAUCCUUUAUAGACCGGUCUGGAGGAGUCGUUGGCUAACAAUUGGUUUAGAAGUUCUGGCCUAGGGCUUGCUGUGCAAGCAGAAACGAUUUCCGAAGCCUGGAAAAAUGUCUUUGGGGGGGGGGGAAUGGGCCUGGUCCCCUUCCCACAAGGAUUGGAUUGAUGUUAUCC